GAAGCACACUCCCACAAAGCAGAGAGACAGAGCUGCUGUCACGGAAACGAGUUCACUCUCGCACAGGUGUCAUGAUGGCGUAAAGAAAACACAUGUGUGCUUGAAGGGUUUAUUUUUUUGUUUUAUUUACUUUUUAGAGUAAGAAAAUUAAAUAGUAAUGGAUCAGCUGCGGGACUGGAACUUCCAGUCCAAGGGAAUGGACAUGGAGGACGAUUUCUACUUCGACUACGGAGUGGAGGAAAUAACAGACUAUCAAGACCCCGCUGAACUGGUGGCUGCUUUGAAACAAAAGGAGGAAGAGGUUAUUUUGGCAGCGCAGCUGGGAAAGGCAUUGCUGCUGGAAAACCGUCAGCUCAAAGAGCAGAGCGACAAGCUGCACGAACAAUACGCAGACAAGCUGGAGGAGCUGGAGCAGGGGCGGCAUGAGCUGCAGCUGAAGCUGGAGGGCUGCCAGUCCCAGUGGGAGAGCCAGGUGGGGGAUCUGGAGAGGGAUGUGAGGGAUCUGAGUGCCCAGGUGGAGCGACUUAACCAGGCGCUCAGCGAGGCCAAGAAGGACAAGAGUCGAGCUGAGCUGGAGCACAGCGAGCAGACGCAUCGCCUCAAAGGGGAGCUCAACGCGGCGAUGGAGGUGAAGAAAACCAUGUCGGCUGAGCUGCAGGCUCUGAAGCAGGAGCUCCAGCAAAAGGGAAGCCAUGACAGGCAGCACGACAAGGAGCUGAUCAGUGCCAUGAAGGAGCAGGUGUUGCUCCUCACACAGAAAGAAGAGCUGCUGGGGCAGCGCUUGGAGAGUGCAUAUCAAGAAAAUGCUGAACUGAGAGCAAGUUUAGCCUCUUUACAUUCACGGCUGGCUCAGCACGAACAACUUGACCAACAACACAACCAGCAGCUCGCUGAGGCAUGGCAGGAGGUGGAUGUAGCGCGGAGUCGCUCGCAGCAGCUGCAGGCUCAGGUGGAGGAGCUGCAGGAGGAAGCGUCUCUGCAGGAGAGCAGGAGCCUCGGAGACGCCUCCCUGUUGUCCGAGCUGGAAACCGCAGACUACGGGGUCAGCAAAGAAGAGAUGACAAAAGAGAUGCAGUCCAUCCUCCAGUUACUUGCUCCGCUGACCCGGGGUUUGAGCAGCCCGGAGAGGUCAGAGGUCGAGCACGAGCAGGAGGAUCUGGUGUCGAUGCUCCACCGGCUGAAGGGAGUGGCCGAAACUGUGGCCACUCAGGCAUCCAGCCCCCAGGAGCUGAAUCUGGGUUUUGUCAGCAGUAUGGUGGAUCACUGUGGGAAUCCAAGCACAACACAGGAGCUACGAGAUCAGAACAUUCAGCUGCAGCAGGAAAAUGCAGAGAUAAAGCAGAAGCUUCAAAACAUCCAGGAUCAGUCCGACAUGGUCCAACAGGCCAUCAGAGACCGAGAUGAAGCCAUAGCCAAGAAAAACAUGAUGGAAACUGAGUUGGUGAGAAGCAAAAAUGACAUGAUGUCUUUGAACAACCAGCUGUUAGAAGCCAUCCAACGCAAACUGGAGCUGUCACAGGAGUUGGAGGCCUGGCAGGAUGACAUACAAAUCGUCAUCAACCAGCAGCUCAAGUCCCAACAGCAGCUGGAGCAGCCUCAGAAGAAGCUCCCCUCCAAUGGGAUGUCCUUCUUCCGCAGACCCAGCAAAGUGGCUUCCACCUGGACGCGCCAGCCCUCCUCCUCGUGGAUUUCAGACUCUAACCAGGACAAAGCUCAGGCUCCCUGGAAGGACUGGCUGAGACGGGGCAAAGGCUCACAGUACGGCAAAUGAUUGACACCGAGCGCUACGUCGUUCCACUGACUGCUUGACUGGGAACAUAUGAGAUAAAUGAGUCAAAGACAUUGAAAACCAGAGCUACUGCGAGCAAAGAUUUAUUUCAGAAACACGUUCUGAAAGACAUUUCACUGUGACCACUUUGAUAUUUCAUUUUCACAAAACUACCUUCAGACUGUACAUAGAUUCGCCUUAUUUUGUAAUUUUGUGAAGCUCUUGAGUUUUUGUGAAUACAUGAUAAACACAUGAAAAGUGUAGAUCAGUGGACAAUGUUUAGAUUCUUUAAAUUAACAAAUCAAAAGCAAGGUAAAGUGUAAUGAUAAAGUUAUUUUUUUAUAAAGCUGUAUAUUUUUUGCUUUUUCUGAAAAAAAAUGUAAAUUGAUGUACAGUUGUAAAAAUAUGUUUUUUCUGUAUUUAGUACAUGUUUGUUUAACUACAGUGUUCAACUUUGAAGCUGCUCAGACUUAAACUCUGUUGUUUUCUAACAUCCCUUGCUGGAAAAUCUCAUAAAACAUAAAAAAAAAU